CAAAUAUCUAAUGAUUACGGACCAUUCAUAUACAGUAUAUAAAUUAAUCUUAUUAUUGUUGGCGACACAUGCUGUGCUGUGCUCGGUGUUUAUCUCGUGCUGACUGCUGAGUCUGUUUUUCUGUUUAGUUUAUAUAUAAGCUUCUUCAGAAAAAUUAGGAGAGAAUAUAAAAUCGAAGCUGAAAACCGCGUUUUCUACUCAUAAGCUGGAAAGUUGCAACUGAUCACCGGAAGAGAUGGUUGCCUUUGGGAAAAAGUUGAAAGACAGACAAAUUCAAGAAUGGCAAGGAUAUUACAUAAACUACAAACUCAUGAAGAAGCGAGUAAGGCAAUAUGCACAACAAAUUGAACAGGGAACUCAAGAUCGGCGGCAUGUUCUCAAGGAUUUCUCACGAAUGUUGGAUAAUCAGAUUGAGACGAUUGUGCUUUUCCUAUUGGAGCAACAAGGGCUUUUGGCAAGUAGGAUAGCAAAGCUUGGAGAGGUGCAUAAUAAUUUGCAGGAGGAGCCUGAAAUAAACAAAAUAACUGAACUGCGAGAAGCUUAUAGAGCAGUGGGACAAGAUCUAUUAAACCUGCUCUAUUUUGUAGAGAUCAACGCUAUUGGCUUGCGUAAGAUAUUGAAGAAGUUUGAUAAACGCUUUGGUUAUAGAUUCACUGAUUACUAUGUCAAAACUCGUGCAAAUCAUCCUUACUCCCAGCUGCAACAAGUGUUCAAGCAUGUGGGAUUAGGUGCUGUUGUGGGAGCCUUAUCUCGCAAUCUUCAUGAGCUUCAGGAUCGUCAGGGGAGCUACUUAUCGAUUUAUGAUCAGCCCUCUCUUCCUCUCCAGGAUCCUGUCGUUGAUUUGAUAAAUGCAGCUGUUGAUAGGUUAUCCAACUCAACAAACUUUCUUAACUUUAUGGCACAACAUGCACUCAUUAUGCACGAUGAACUUCCUACCCCUUCGGAGGAACAUGUUGACGAUGAAAGAUACCAUUUUAUGUCUCUUCUGCUGAACUUGGCAAACACAUUUUUGUAUAUGAUCAACACAUAUAUCAUUGUUCCUACAGCAGAUGAUUACUCUACAAGCCUUGGUGCUGCACCAACGGUUUGUGGUAUUGUUAUUGGGGCAAUGGCUGUGGCACAGGUGUUUUCUUCUGUGUAUUUCAGUGCAUGGUCAAACAAGUCAUACUUUAGACCUCUUGUAUUCAGCAGCAUAGCACUUUUCAUCGGAAACAUCUUUUAUGCAUGUGCAUAUGAUAUUCAUUCAAUAUGGAUUCUCUUAAUUGGUCGUCUUUUUUGUGGAUUGGGUUCUGCCAGAGCUGUUAACCGGCGUUACAUAAGUGAUUGUGUUCCGCUUAAAAUCCGCAUGCAAGCAUCAGCUGGUUUUGUCAGUGCCAGUGCUCUUGGAAUGGCAUGUGGUCCUGCAUUAGCUGGCAUACUUCAGACCAAUUUUAAGAUUUACAACCUUACAUUUAAUCAAAAUACUUUACCCGGGUGGGUUAUGGCUAUUGCUUGGAUGGUAUAUCUAGUAUGGUUAUGGAUCUCUUUUAAGGAACCUUCUCAUGAUGUUGAGGAGAAUCAGACACCAAAUCAGUCAAAUGAUGCAGCAGAAAAUGGUGCACUAGAAAAAGGCCUAAAACAACCAUUAUUAAUUACUUCGGAUGAUAAGGUAGAUGAAGACAAUGACCAAGAUUAUGAUGAUAGUGAGGAAGCUCCAGAGGAAUCUCGCCUACCAGCCAAUUCAAUUGGAGAGGCAUACAGACUCCUUACACCUUCUGUAAAGGUUCAGUUAUUGAUAUAUUUCAUGCUUAAAUAUGUAAUGGAGAUUUUACUAUCUGAAUCUAGUGUCGUCACAACAUACUACUUCAACUGGACAACCAGCACAGUUGCUGUUUUUCUUGCUUGCCUUGGCUUGACAGUUCUUCCUGUAAACAUUGUUGUUGGAAGCUACAUAAGCAACAUGUUUGAGGACAGGCAAAUUCUGUUGACAUCAGAAAUUAUGGUCUGCAUCGGAGUUUUACUCAGCUUCCAUGUAAUCAUUCCAUAUACUGUGCUACAAUACGUUUGUUCGGGUCUCCUUUUAUUUGUUUCUGCAGAAGUACUGGAAGGUGUCAACUUGUCACUACUUUCACGCGUCAUGUCAUCAAGGCUUUCUCGCGGAACAUACAAUGGCGGCCUUCUAUCCACUGAGGCCGGAACAAUCGCUAGAGUAAUUGCUGAUGCUACCAUUACCUUAGCUGGAUUUUUGGGUCAGAGUAGCCUCCUUAAUGUCACCUUGCUUCCUUCACUCAUCAUUUCAGUAUUCUCUAUCAUGGCAACCUGCUAUACCUACAAUUCUUUAUACUGAUUUCUAUCCAAUGAAUGCUCUUUUUCAACUAGACCUCUUUCUUUUGUCAAUCAAGCUCAACAACAUUUGGCAGAGCAUCUUGGUUGUUAGUUAUAUAGGUUGUUCCAAUGUGAAAUUCUUGGUAAAAUGGAUUUCUCAAUUGUCACUUUAAUUUUUCUUCGAUGAUUUAUCAUUACUUUGUUGUCUGCCUGUAUUUCUUUUUCGGCCAAUUUUAUGGUGUACAAGUGGGACGUAUCUUGUAUCAUGCACAAGUUGGCUUCUACUACUGGAUCAAUAAAUCACACAAUUGAAAGAAAAAAAAAAAAGAGAUAUAUGAUGUGAUUAAUUGAUACAAUGGUGAAAAAUACACUUGUGCAUAGUAGACAAAGACUUAUUUUUCAUCCUUUUAGCUAUAGUUAUGAUUAAGAUUAAUUAGAGAUGUAAAUGAAUUGAUGCUAUUAGCUAUUCAUGAAUAAAUAAAUUUGUUUUGUUUAGUGCUUGAUAAA